AUAUACGAGAAGAACAUCGCUCAAUGUCGUAUGUUCACUCAUAACGUUUUUAACUGGUAAGUGGAAAGGUUGUUCGAGAAGCAAGAUUCUAUCCUUGAAAUUCCAUUCGUAUCUUCCGAUUUAAUUUUCUGUUUUUCUUUCAACUGCAUCGUCAUGAUGAAAUUCGUAGUACUUAUAAGUACAAUGGCCAGUUUGGUUUAUUCUCAAAGACCACCAUAUGCAGGUACGAGCCACCGUUAUCCAGUAGUAUUUCCUCAAUAUAUAGAAACAGCCCUAACAACAGCAGAAGCAACAGGCAAUGUUGGAAAUCGAAUUGAUAUUGAAAGUGGAAUUUCUACGACGAUUAGAGUACCAAUCGAUUUACCAGUCGAUGCGUUAGGUGACAUCGAUCUUGUUAAUAGAAUUAAAACCUGGCCUAGAGACAAACAACCAUUUUGGUUUAUCAAUUGGCAACAGAUUCAAGCACAUCGAGGUGAUCCAACUAACACCGUUCAAACAACUCAACGGUCGCAACAAGAACAAUCUCAAAGACGAAGCAGAUCAUUCUAUAAGUAAACGAAAACUAGACAGUACUUUUUUUUGAUAUAUAUAUUUGCGAAUCCUGUUUCUGUGAUAGUCAAACUUUUAUGUAUUUUUUUUCUCUUCUUUCGAGAACGUUUCGAUUGAUAGAUCCAUGCAGAAUCGAUCAUUUCGUUCGUACUGUCUCUCAUAUCACAUAACUGUUGUAUUAACAUAAAGAGAAUGUUCUUUUUUCUUUUAUGUCUGGAAAAAGAUUAUAUUGUAAAAAGGAAAAAGGAGAAAUAUUAAAUAAGAAUUUCUUUAUUGAAAGAGUAAA